AUGACUACUAUCCUUGAGCAACCGUCCCCCAACAGUGCCUCUACGAAGGCUUCAAUUAGCAAGCAGCGUCAAGGAGAUAAUGAUUAUCCUCCAGCGAAGAGAUCCAAGGGAGGGGAAGAGGACGAGACUGUGAAAAACGGAAACGGACAGUCCGUUGAUUCCUCUAAGCAACAAACGCUGUCUGGACACGAUGUAAGUGGACAAUCCGGAAAAGUCACUGUUAAAUCUACCGAUAACGGAGGCCAAGACGAGAAGAUGGAUACCAGCAAUAAUGCAGGCGGAAAUGGGGGCAACGCAGAUGAACUUCUUGACAAAAACCUCUAUUCUCGCCAAAUCUACACCUUGGGAGAAUCUGCAAUGGUCAAUCUCCGAACAGCCUCAGUGUUGAUCUCGGGUCUUGGAUCUGUCGGAGUGGAGAUUGCCAAGAAUCUCGUUCUCGGUGGAGUUAGACACGUUACUAUCCACGAUACCAAGCUUGCAAAAUGGACUGAUCUUUCGGCACAGUAUUAUCUCCGAGAAGCUGAUGUCGGACACAAUCGAGCAACUGCUUGCUACGAACGACUUGCUGAGCUUAAUGAUAGUGUCAACGUUGAAGUAUCCACCGCCGAUCUCACCGAAGACUUUGUGAAAAAUUUUGAUCUCGUUGUGCUUACGGACGCUACGCGCACUCAACAGCUUCAAGUAUCUAGUUGGACCCGAUCUCAUAACCGCAGAAUUCUCAUUGCUGAUGCUCGUGGUGUUUUCUCCUACAUUUUCAACGAUUUUGGAGAUAACUUCCGAAUUGAUGAUACAACUGGAGAACAAGUUCGCGAGUUCUUUAUUGAGCACAUUGAUCGAACAACGGGUGAAGUUACCACACUGGAAAACUUGUUCCACGGGUUGGAAGACGGAGAUCAUGUUACUUUCUCCGAAGUGAAAGGUCUCGACGGAAUCAAUGGAUGUGAACCAAUCAAAAUCACAGUCAAAAAUGCUUCAAAAUUCAAUAUCGGAGAGUUCGCUGCUUCUUUCCCCGAUUACAUUGAAGGGGGAAGAUGCCGUCAAGUGAAAGUUCCGAUUUCUGUAACGCAUACUCCAUUCAAGAAAUCUUUGGAAGAACCGGAAUUCGGAAUAUGGGAUUAUGCUAAGUUCGAAUAUCCAGCACAUCUUCAUGCUCUCUGGACUGCUCUCUACGCAUUCGAGGAAAAGAAUGGCCGGUCUCCAGCUCCUCGUUCGACGGAAGAUGUUGCAUUGUUGAAGUCGUUCAUCCCAGCCGGAACUGAAGAAAUUCCAGAGAAAUUGAUCGAGCUGUUCUCCUAUUCUGCUGCUGGAAAUCUCGUCACCGUUUCUUCUGUUGUUGGAGGAAUAGCCGCACAAGAAGCAAUGAAGGGAGUCACUCACCACAUGACUCCUCUAAAGCAAUGGCUGCACUUGGAUCAUGUCGAAGCUCUGCCAGGAGAUUGGACUUCCUUCGACAACACAAAGCUGUCGGAGACUGACUGUCAACCACGGCAGUCACGUUACGAUGGUCAAGCUGCAGUUUUCGGUUGGCCUUAUCAAGAGUGCCUCUUCCAUCAAAGAUGGUUUGUCGUUGGAGCAGGAGCUAUUGGAUGCGAGUUGCUGAAGAACUUGGCAAUGAUGGGAGUUGCUUGUGGAGAAGGCGGUCUCAUAAAAAUCACGGAUAUGGAUCAAAUUGAGAUCUCCAAUCUCAACAGACAGUUCCUUUUCAGACGCAAAGAUGUUGGGGGCAAAAAAUCUGAAUGCGCCGCUCGUGCUGUCACUUCAUUCAACUCCGAUGUUCGCAUUGAGGCCCUUGCUGAACGUGUGGGCGUCGACACUGAACACAUUUUCAACGAUGACUUCUUUGGAGAGUUGAACGGAGUUGCUAAUGCCCUCGAUAAUGUCGAUGCUAGAAGAUACAUGGACCGUCGUUGCGUGUACUAUCGUCUUCCACUCCUCGAGUCGGGAACUAUGGGUACUAAAGGAAACACUCAAGUCGUUUAUCCUUACCUUACCGAGUCAUACUCCUCUUCAAGUGAUCCACCAGAGAAGGAGAUUCCAGUCUGCACGCUGAAGAACUUCCCCAACGAAAUUCAACACACCAUUCAAUGGGCCCGUGAACAAUUCGAAACUUUCUUCGCCCAACCAGGAGAAAUGGCUAACAAGUUCCUGUCGGAUGAGAGAGCUUUCAAUGAUCACAUCAACAAGCUUAUCUCUGGGCAACAGAUUGAUAUUCUUCAGAAAGUGAAAGACGCUCUUAUCGAUGGACGCCCAAGUUCUGCCGAAGAAUGCAUUCAUUGGGCUCGUAAUCAGUUCCAGGAGCUGUAUCACAACGCAAUCGCUCAAAUGCUUCACUCGUUCCCACCAGAUCAACUUACUGAUUCUGGAGCCAAGUUCUGGUCAGGAGCCAAACGUUGCCCACAUGUUUUGAACUUCGAUCCAUCGAAGGAAGAACAUUUCAACUUUGUUUACGCAGCUUCUAUUCUCAGAGCGGAAAUGUAUGGUGUUAAGCCAAUUCUUGAUCGUGAAGAAGUCAUUCGCAUUGCAUUGUCCAUCAACCCUGAACCAUUUGAACCUCGUUCGGGUGUCAAGAUUGCUGUAACUGAUGCUGAGGCUAAGGAACAGAACGAGAGAGGAGGCUCUUCCGGACUUGGACUUGAUGAUGAUACGGCCAUCGAAUCAUUGAAGUUGAAACUUGCCACUUUGAACGUGCAAGCCACCAACAAGUUGAAUUGUCUCGAUUUCGAGAAGGAUGACGAUUCCAAUCAUCAUAUGGAAUUCAUUACUGCUGCAUCCAAUCUUCGUGCCGAAAAUUAUGACAUCUUGCCAGCCGAUCGCAUGAAAACCAAGCAGAUUGCUGGAAAAAUCAUCCCAGCCAUCGCAACAACUACUGCCGCAGUUGCUGGUCUCGUUUGUGUCGAACUUUAUAAGGUCGUUGACGCUAACGGAGUUCCAAAAACCCCAGUCGAGCGCUUCAAGAACACUUUCCUCAAUCUGUCGAUGCCAUUCUUCUCUUCCGCAGAGCCAAUUCUCGCUCCGAAGAAGAAGUACGUGGACAAAGAAUUUACUCUGUGGGAUAGAAUCGACAUUCAAGGACCGCUCACUUUGAAGGAAUUCAUUGACGAAGUUCAAAAACAGACUGGAGGCUGUGAGAUGUCGAUGUUGUCCGCUGGACAGUGCCUUCUUUUCUCGUUCUUUAUGAAUGGCGCUAAGAAAGAAGAGAGACUCAAGACUGAAGUGAAAGCUGUCUACGAAGAAUUGCUCAAGAAAAAACUUCACGAGUCGGUUCGCGCAAUUGUUCUGGAGCCAAUGAUGACUGACCCCAAUGAUGAAGACGUCGAAGUUCCGUAUAUCCGUUAUGCUUUCUAA